AUGUGGAUCUUUUGGGCUUUGCCUGUCCUGCGAUGUUCUGCUUGGUCCGAAAGCACCCCUCUGAACUACCCGCAUUUCUUGAGACGUCGAGUCUUCGUGUUAAACGGGUCCUGGGAUUUCGCCUUUUUGGGUGACAUUUCCAUCGACCCUCAGCUCGCCGUGGCUGAAGCAGGCGAAUCCUGGAGCCAGGUGUUUGUGCCAGAUGCUUUUGAUCUGCGACCAGACGUGCCAAAUUGUGACUGCUUCCCGGAUGCCUUCACUUGCCACCAUUGUUGUGAUCGCUCCUUGGGCCAUCGUGGUGAGGGAAAGUGUUGGGGAGACCAGCGUCGCUUGGAAACCGUGUGGACCUAUGACGAGAAUCCUGAGGCACCAUUCGACUUUUGCUGUGGCCCCGACCACAUGCGCAACCGCCGCGGGGUUGCUCUCUAUCGCACCCAUGUGGAAACAAGACCGAGGGCAGCUGGCGUAUUGAUCUUCGGCGCCUGUACCUUUCGGUGCAUCGUGCUGGUGGAUGGAACUGUUAUUGAAGAUCAUUCUGGUCUAUCACCAUUCGAGGUAGUGGUCCCGGCCAGGCAUGAUGAAAGCCCAGUGCGAGAGGUUUUGGUGUUUGCUGACAGUCGCUUCAACUAUGAGAGGACCCAUCCGGUGCACCAGCCGAAGUACGACUGGUACCAGGCUGGAGGCUUACUGAGACCUGUGCAGUUUCACGAGCUUCCUUCAAGCACUCCGCUGUUUCUCACUUCCGUGCAAGUUAGUCCACGGUCACUGACAACGGUCGAGGUCCAGUUGCUAGUAUCAACUUUAGCAGAGAAUCACGAAGGAUUGAGCUAUCAUUACGAAUUUGGAGACUCCGGUGACUGCACAAAAGCACAAGAGUGGCCGGUGAUUAGUGCAGCUGCACGGCACCUUGCAACUGUGGAAGUUCCAGGUGCGCAGCCAUGGUCUCCCAGCACACCUCACCUGCAUCAUCUGAAAGUUGCCAUGGUGGCAAAAGAUUUGACAAGUGAAGGCAGCAGUUUUAUCCUUGACUGUGUCGUGGUGCGUUUUGGGCUCCGAGUAGUGGAAACCCAGGGAAGCAACAUCUUGUUGAACGGAGUCCCGUUGAAACUUCUCGGAUUCAACCGCCAUGACUUGCUGGACUCACCUGUGAUGACUUAUGAUGCUCUAGUUGCAGAUGUUCACUUCCUGAUUGAGUUGGGUGCCAAUUUUGUCCGUGGAGCACAUUACGCGCAAGACCAGCGCUUUCUGGAUCUAUGUGAUGUCUAUGGACUGUUGGUUUGGGAGGAAGUGCUUGGAUGGCAAAACACUGUGGCGGACUUUGCUAAUCCGACUUUCGUGAUCCAAAGCCUCCGCAUGGCCCAAGAGCUAGCUACCACCUCCGCAAACCAUCCUUGUGUCAUCAUCUUUGGCUUUUUCAACGAAGGGGAAUCAUUCGAUGACUCUGAGCCAACGACAACACUGUACCAUGCCAUGGCUGAACAACUGCGGAGGCAUUCAGGCAACACUCGGCUUAUCGGAUACGGAUCCAACCAUGCUGGCGAGGAUAGGCAGCUAGCUGCCGUGGACGUGCACUCCUUCCAUCUUUAUCUUGCAUGGUAUCCCACAACACGGCUGGCCGAUGAAGAGGAAGUUCGCGGUAUUCCGGGAGUGUGGGAACAAGUCCGGCAGUGGUCAGUGCACGUAGCAGAUAAGCCUAUGCUUGCUACGGAAGCUGGUGCUGGUGGCUUGUAUGGUUUUCGUGGGGCAGUGGAGCAAAAGUGGACCGAAGAAUAUCAGGCUUUGCUUCUGAAAACGCAUUUGGAGGCUGUCACCCAAAAUCCAGGCAUUGCAGGAAUUGCUUUAUGGCAGUUCGCGGAUAUUCCUGUUGACCGCGCUGUGAGUGAUGAACGGCAUCGGCCCAGAGGACUCAACAACAAAGGGGUGCUGAGUAUGUAUCGGCAGCCAAAGCUUGCGGCCAGCGUUUUGCAGCAGCUUCUCCGCCAAGCCCUUUCUGCCACGCAGACUGUGGGGAGCGGAUGA